AACAGAAAUAUAUAAAACGUGGUAAAGUAACAUUUUUUAUUAAAAAAAAAAAUGUCUAUAAAUUUUCUGAAAUCGUUCAAACCAGAAUUACUUCUAGUAAAAUCCUGCGGCGUAUGGGAUUAUAUAUUCGAAACCAAAUAUCAAUUCUUAUAUAUUUCAUACUUUAUAAUAGUGAAUAUAGGUUUGGCGAUGUACAAUCUAAUGAAAUUUAACGAUAUGCUGGAAUCUAAUACAUUGGAAACUGCAGUGGCAGCCGGCUUCGUAUUGCCGAUAGCUCUCAUGGGAAAUAUUCGCUCGCUGUGCUUUUUCAUGUAUAGAAAAGAGUUUUUAGAAUUAUUAACUACCAUGGACGAUGAAAUUUUCCAACCAAAGAAUCGCGAGCAAGUCAAAAUGACGAAGAAAAUGUUAAAAUAUUACAAUAAUUUCAAAAUUUUUAUGUACGUUUUUUCUGUUUUACCCUCGUUAGGUUGCCCAAUAGGUAGAAUGAUUUUUGGGGAGAGUGGACAAAAAUACUGUGAAGCAGUAACGACUAGUACUAAAGGAAUGGGAAUUUAUCUUUUCCAAGCGAUAUCACUUGGAAUGAUAUCUGUAAUAAACGUUGUUACGAAUUAUUUCAUGGUGGGGUUCGCUCUUUUUAUAGGACUGCAAUGUGACAUGUUAAGUCAUAGGUUAGAACAUACUAAAAACGUUAAAAUUAAGGAAUCCGUACUACAUCAUAGGCGAAUACUGAGGUAUAACACUACGACAUUUAAUAGAAAUCGUUAAAAUCAUUAAAACUUCUUUCACGUAUUUAAAUGAGAUAUGACAACACGCUUUUUCAGCUUCGUCACUCGAAUGAAUUCGUAACCCGAUUGACGUGACAUU